UUUGAAGACUAGGAUGGAAGAGCCAGCACCAGUGGAAGGCCAGGGCCAGCUCCCAAGCCCCCACCAGGGCUCUCUGAGGAAAGCCAUGGCAGCUGCCCUGGCCCUUGAUGGGGAAUCCACACUGGGUCGCAGGAAAAAGAAGAAGAAAGAGUCCCGCCCAGAAUCUAUUAUCAUCUACCGGUCAGAGAGUGAGAAACUGGAUGAGGAGCCUGGGGAAUUAGAAGGUGGAGAUCAGCCUAAAGAGGAGGAGGGAGAUGAUUUCCUAGACUAUCCUGUGGAUGAUGGUAUGUGGAACAUGCCUGUGGACAGCCGCUAUGUCACAUUAACUGGGACCAUCACCCGAGGGAAGAAAAAGGGGCAGAUGGUGGAUAUCCAUGUCACGUUGACAGAGAAGGAGCUACAGGAACUCACCAAGCCUAAAGUGUCUUCAAGGGAAAUGGCAUCUGAAGGCAGAAAGGCCUGCCAGCUGGGAGCAGACCGUGGGCCCCACGUGGUCCUCUGGACGCUGGUCUGCCUGCCUGUGGUUUUCAUCCUCUCCUUCGUGGUCUCUUUCUACUAUGGCACCAUCACCUGGUACAAUAUCUUUCUUGUGUACAACGAGGAGAGGACCUUCUGGCACAAGAUCUCAUGUUGCCCCUGCCUCAUUCUCUUCUAUCCAUUGCUCAUCAUGGCCAUGGCCUCUUCCCUGGGCCUCUAUGCUGCCGUGGUCCAGCUCUCAUGGUCCUGGGGAGCAUGGUGGCAAGCUGCCCGGGACAUGGAGAAAGGCUUCUGUGGCUGGCUAUGCAGCAAGCUGGGUCUGGAAGACUGUUCUCCCUACAGCAUUGUGGAGCUGCUUGAAUCUGACAAUAUCUCAGGCAAUCUGUCCAACAAGGAUGCCACCCAGGAGGUAGAAACAUCCACUGUCUAAACUCCCAACAACUUACUUGAUUCUGUGGUCUCAGUAGCCUGUAUAUCAUCUUCCAAUUUCAGAAUAUUCCUUCUUUAAAUUAUUCCUCCCCCGCCUUCCCCCGUACACAGUUCUUCUGGAAAAUUUUAGCCCACAGUGAUCUGUUCUACCAUCUUGUUGGUUUCCAGGAGGGCAGAAAACAGAAAAGCAAUCUGUGCCCAGAUAGUCCAUCCAGUGGAUAAACUCUUCUUCAUUCCUUGACCUAAGAUGACCAUUUUUCUGAGACAAGGGAGCUCAGGUGUGUGUCAGUUCAGGAGCUUGGAGGUGUUCCUGGUGCCUGGAACCCAGGGGAGAUGUGACUAAAUGUGACAGGGAGAAUAAGGAGGCUCACGGGAGACCCAAGUCCACCAAUAAGAUAAUAGAUAGGGAUGGAGUGAAAUAUUUAAGAAGCAGGCUGCAACAGUGUAGCAGAAUGUAAAGAUAUGUGUGUAUCACUUAGAUUUUGAUUUAUAUAUUAAAUAUAAUUAAAAUCCAAAUAUCAGUAGUUUAAACAAGAUAGAGGUCUGUUUCUUUCCUGUAUAGAAGAAGUCUGGAGGCAGACCAUCAGGGAAAUUGAUGAAGUCAUCAGAAUCCCAGGCUUUUUUUAUUCACCAACCCUCACUGCCUUUAUCCUCAACACCCAGUGCUGACUACAUCUCCAGUCAUCACAUCCCUGUUUCGGAUAGAACAGAGGAAAGGGCAACGAAGAGCACAUACACCCUCCUAGGCUAAGGCGGCUUCUCAGAAGGCCCCCUCAACGCUUCUUGUAUCUCAUUGGCCAGACGGUAGUCACAUGACCUCACAAUCAAGAAAGGCUGGGAAAUGUAGUCUUUUGGCCGGGCAGCUAUAUUCUAAAUGUUUGGGUUCUGCUAAUUUAAGAGACAAGGAAAUAAUGGCUAUUUUGGUAGGCAAGUAAGAAUCUCUGGCUCACAGUAAUUAUUUAAAUACAUUCAGAUCCAAAACUGUGAGUACAGUUUUAUUUAUGUAUGUAUUUAUUUAUUUAUUUAAGCCUAAAUAUUACACAGAGAAUUUAUACAUAGAUACUAGCUACAUAUACUAUGCAUAAACCACACGUAGAUAUUAGCAACUCAUGUAUGUUGCAAUUAAAUAUCUAUAAUGCCAUGUGGUUUCAGGUUUUUUAGAAAGGAAGAGUGAAUAGUUGAAUACAAUUAUAUCAUAGUAGCAUAGCUUUCUUCCCGGUAGUGAAGGUGGGCCUGUGUGGUGAUGUUUAGUUUAAUGUACAGAUGAAAGACUGCAAAGGGAGGCAUUGCAUCUGUCAGACUUUCCCCCAGCAAGGUCAGCAGCCCCAAGCACAAGAAGACAGUUAGCUUUGUGUGGUUUGUCAAAACUCACUCAGAGCCUCCCUCACUCAGAACUUUCUUCUCACAGCAAACACAGUCUUUGCUGUGCUGAAAAGCUUGGGUCUUCAUGGACACUGAGGGUGUAAACCAGAUGGGUCCAGAUCAAUAGAUUCUGAACUUUCAAAAAAUAUUCCUGAGGGUCUCUUUCCAAUUGCAAAAAAAUCAAAUCCUAAGAGGUCAAGCAGAUUUUGGAGGUUUGAGUCCUUAUGAGAAUAGCUGGUGCCCUAUUCAUGGUUCAUGUCUCAGGAAGAAGCUGUUGAAAGAACUGCUGUGAAUCAAACCAGAUGGGUCAAGCAAUGCUGUCCCACAGAAGGCCAGGACAUUUGCCUGAUGCACGGUGCUGUACUCCACCUUCAGAGGAAACCCCUCCUUUUUAAAAAUAACUAUUAUUAGUUUGAGAAAAACAACAACUGUGUCCAACAUGUUUGAAGAUAAUGUUGGUGCUCUCUGGUGCUUUUACAGAGAUAUAAACAAUUGAAAUGAAGACAAAGAAAAUAAAAAUAAAAUCAGAUUAACGUUUGCUCACUUUGUCUUUGAGUUUCUCUAAAAUUGCUUUGAACGCUACAGUUUUCAGAAAAGGUUGAGCGUGGUGACUAUUUUAUAUAUGUAUAAUGAUCUUAACAUGGGUCCUUACGUCUUGACUCUUCCCAUAGACCACCAGUUUAUGAGGAUUCUGUUUAGCUGGAUUUUCCCCACAGAUCACAGAUUUACCUAAGCUUACAUUAGGAAGUUGCAGCCACAUUUGUCACCUUUUUUUCGGGGGUUAAGGAAACAAAUGGCCAAGGCGAAAAACAGUCAUGAUUAGGACAAGGAUAAGAUGUCCCUGGCAGAAUGAAGGAGGGUGGGGUCAGGGUAAGGAGCAUGGGAUACCUAGGUGAAGUUGAUGUAACCCUCACCCUAAUUGGGCUCGCCACCUAGUGGAAGAAAUAGGCUCAUAAAAUAAAAUCAUUUCAAAAGGGCUCAGAGAGGUAUGUAAAAGCCUAGACCUGAGGAAGGAAAACUUAACCAAACAGACCUAAAGCAAUCUCAUCCUUGCUGUCAGCAAAUACGUAGAGAAUUUUAGAGGAGAAAUUAGAGAGUUAAAUGCCAUACUUGAACAUUCUGUUAGCUCAUAGUUACCUACUCUUCAUGGUGAAUAUCAGGAAGGAGGACUAUGCUUUCCAAUUGCUCUGCAGCCAUAAUAUUCUGAGCUUGGUAAACCAUAUCUGAUCCAGUAUGAUGAUGCCAAGGUUCCCAAGCCAUCUUGUCCAUCGACAUUAGGCAGCGCCCUUCAUUUCAAGUCCAAGGGGACCAAAACCCCUGUUAUCCAUGAUUUCUAAUGAAACAAGGUUCUAAAUCUUAAGAAGAACUAAUUUUAGAUGACUUGAAAGUUUCAUUGUGUCAUUGAUACCGGGCCACCUAGGGCUUAAGUUUUACAGUGUUGCAAAUGAUUAGUGGCCAACAUCAGAAAUUUUACCCUCCUUGAAUGUAAAUUGGUGCAGCCACUAUGGAGAACAAUAUGGAGUUUCCUCAAAAAACGAAAAAUAAAUAAAUAAAUAAAUAAAAUAAAAAAACGAAAAAUAGAACUACCAUAUGACCCAGCAAUCCCACUACUGGGCAUAUAUCCAGAGAAAACCAUAAUUCAAAAAGACACAUGCACCCCAAUGUUCAUUGCAGCACUAUUUACAAUAGCCAGGACAUGGAAGCAACCUAAAUGUCCAUCAAUAGCGGAAUGGAUAAAGAAGAUGUGGUACAUAUAUACAAUGGCAUAUUACUCAGCCAUAAAAGGAAUGAAAUUGGGUCAUUUGCAGAGAUGUGGAUGGACCUAGAGACUGUUAUACAGAGUGAAGUAAAAGAAAAACAAAUAUCUCAUAUUAACGCAUAUAUGUGUAAUCUAGAAGAAUGGUAUAGAUGAUAUUUGCAAAGCAGAAAUAGAGACAGACAUAGAGAACAAACAUGGAUACCAACGAGGAAAGGGGGGGUGGUGGGAUGAAUUGGGAGAUUGGGGUUGACGUAUAUACACUAUUGAUACUAUGCAUAAAAUAGAUAACUAAUGAGAACCUACUGUAUAGCUCAGGGAACUCUACUCAAUGCUCUGUGGUGACCUAAAUGGGAAGGAAAUCCAAAAAAGAGGGGAUAUAUGUGUACACAUAAUGCUGAUUCACUUUGCUGUACGGUAGAAACUAACACAACAUUGUAAAGCAACUAUAUUCCAAGAAAAAUUAAUUUAAAAAAAAGAAAAUUUCCCCUCUUCGAUUAAUUUAAUUACUAACAUGAGCCUGUUGAAAUACUUUCUAGGCCCAAGAUGAAGCCACUCCUGCCUAGGUGCCACAUCAGCAAACCAAAACUUAGGUCACUUUUGCAUCCCUUUACAUGUUCUGCUGGACCAGAAAUGUAGUACAAUCGUCCCUGGCAUCAGUGGUGGAUUGGUUCUAGGACCCCUGUGGAGACCAAAAUCCACAGGGAUGCUCAAGUGCCUUACAUGAAAUGGUAGUACAGCCAGCCCUCCAUAUCUGUGUUCUCCAUCCUCAAAUUCAAUGAACCAGGGGUUGAAUUUGAUCUGCAGUCGGUUGAACCUGCGGUUGCCCAACCCAUGCAUAUGGUGGGCCGACUGUAUAUCCAGUCAGCCAACCCCCAAACAGCAAGGCAGCUCGGGCUCUAUACUUCUUUCCUUGUUCCUUCUUGCUCCAAACAAGGCUGACUACGUGGCCGCAGCCAAUCCGAUAUUUUCUAUUUUUCUCUUCCUUAUUCGUUAUUAUCUAUCCUGUAAAAGCUUCCUGCCUUUGUCUCAUUUUGUUGUCCUUUGAAUGGAAACAGUCUGUUUCAUAAAGUGUUAAAUAAGAUUUGUAUCA